AUGGCCACGAAAGAGCGACAACUCCCAUUCGGCAAGAUCGAGCCUAAUUCAGCAAAGUAUUUCUGGAGCUGUACUUUGGGCGGAAUCGUCGGGCCUACACACACAUCAGUCACACCCCUUGAUCUCGUUAAAUGCCGUCGCCAGGUUGACCCUCGUAUCUACACCUCCAACCUCUCCGCCUGGCGCCAGAUCUUCUCCAAGGAAGGACUGCGCGGGGUAUUCUUCGGCUGGUCGCCUACAUUCAUCGGGUACUCGUUCCAGGGUGCCGGCAAGUACGGUCUCUAUGAGUACUUCAAAUACCUGUACGGGGACCACAUGUUCCCCAACAUGAACCGCACCGUGGUAUUCCUGGGCGCCAGCGCGUCGGCCGAGUUCUUCGCGGACAUGGCUCUCUGCCCGUUCGAGGCGAUCAAGGUGCGCAUGCAGACGACGCUGCCACCGUACGCGCACAGCUUGCGCGAGGGCUGGAGCAAGAUCGUCGCGAAGGAAGGGUUCGCGGGUCUGUACAAGGGCCUGUACCCAUUGUGGGCACGUCAGAUCCCCUACACCAUGACCAAGUUCGCGACCUUUGAAGAGAGCGUGAACAUGAUCUACCGCACGCUGGGCAAGCCCAAGGAGAGCUUCGGCACCCUGCAGCAGACCGGCGUGAGUUUCCUGGGAGGUUAUAUUGCUGGGGUCUUCUGUGCUAUUGUUAGUCAUCCGGCCGAUGUCAUGGUUAGCAAGCUCAACGCCGAUCGCAAUGCUGGUGAAUCGGCGAUGGCAGCCGUGUCGCGGAUCUAUGGAAAAAUCGGGUUCUCAGGCCUGUGGAAUGGCCUGCCAGUCCGUAUCGUAAUGCUCGGUACACUGACUGGAUUCCAAUGGUUGAUUUACGACUCCUUCAAGCUCUUUUUGGGACUUCCAACAACGGGUGGACACUAA